UAGAGACGUUACACAUUGCCAAGAGCCGCUGACAGGUGCCAGUGAUUGCACUGGUGCACUUUGGUCGCCACCAGUUCAGAAGGCAGCGAGGAGAGCAGCUCAGGCACGGGGGCCAUGGGCGAGGAGACCGCGCCCACCGCCACCGCCGCGGCACCGGCGAGCGCCCCGACGCACAUCCUCCUGAUCUGUUUCCCGGGGCAGGGCCACGUCAACCCCAUGCUCCGCCUCGCCAAGCGCAUCGCAGCCAAGGGCCUUGUCGUCACCUUCUCCUCGACUGACAGCGUCGGCGAGAAGCUCAUCGCCUCCGCGGGGGUGUCGGCCGGCGGCGACGGCGUGCCGGUGGGCCGGGGCCGCGUACGGUUCGAGUUCUUGGAGGACGGUGUCCACAAGAACGAGCUCGACGACCUCUUGCGGCACCUCGAGAAGACCGGCUCGCCCAAGUUCGCCGAGCUGCUCAGGAGGCAGGCGGGGUCGGGGCGGCCGGUGGCGUGCGUCGUCGUGAACCCAUUCAUGCCGUGGGCGAUUGACGUCGCCGCCGACGCCGGGAUCCCCUCGGCGGUGCUGUGGGUGCAGUCGAGCCUGGUGUUCUCGCUCUACUACCACCACGUGCACGGGCUCGUGGAGUUCCCGCCAGAGGACGAUCCCGACGCGCGGUUCACGCUCCCGGGCCUCCCGCCGCUGUCCGUCGCCGACGUGCCCUCUUUCCUGCUCCCGUCCAAUCCGUUCAAGCUGCUCACCGACACGAUCAUCAACCAGUUCCGCACCAUCGACAGGGCGUCGUGGGUGCUUGUCAACUCCUUCACCGAGCUCGAGCGCGACGUGGUCGCCGCGCUCCCGGCCGUGACGCCGCGCCCGCCGGAGCUGAUCCCCGUGGGCCCUCUCAUCGAGCUCGAGGGGCCGGAAGACGACGGCACGGUGCGCGGAGACCUGAUCAAGGCGGCGGACGACUGCGUGGGGUGGCUGGACUCGCAGGCGCCGCGCUCCGUCGUGUACGCGUCCGUCGGCAGCGUUGUGGUGCUGUCCGCGGAGGAGGUCGCCGAGAUGGCGCACGGGCUCGCGUCCACCGACCGGCCGUUCCUGUGGGUGGUGCGGCCGGACACCCGCCCGCUACUCCCGGAGGGGUUCCUGGACUCCGUCGCCAACCGCGGCAUGGUGGUGCCAUGGAGCCCCCAGGACCGCGUGCUGGCGCACCCGUCCACGGCCUGCUUCCUCACGCACUGCGGGUGGAACUCGACGCUGGAGACCGUUGCCGCGGGUGUGCCUGUGGUGGCGUUCCCGCAGUGGGGCGACCAGUGCACGGACGCCAGGUUUCUGGUCGACGAGCUCCGUAUGGGCGUCCGCCUCCGCGCGCCACUGCGGCGCGAGGCCGUGCGCGAGGCUGUGGACGCCGCCGUUGCUGGCCCCGACGCCGACGCCAUGCUCGCCAACGCCAGGAAGUGGAGCGCGGCGUCUCGGGCCGCCGUGGCGCCGGGCGGGACGUCGGACGCGCACGUCCAGGCGUUCGUGGACGAGGUUUCGCGGCGAGCGGGUGGCGGGCAAGCAGCUAAGGUUUAGCUUAGUCACAUUCUUUCUUAGUACUCCAUUCAGUCUAAAAUAAUUAUUGUUUACGAUUAUAUACAGUAAUUAUUUUAAACAUUAGUUAUAAAUUGAGUUUGAAUACUUAAAAAUUA